AUGGGAUCUAAAGGAAAGUGCCCCUGGUUGGCAUAUUGUGGUUAUAUGGAUGCAAUAAAAACAUGGCAAUUAAGGACUAUUGUUGACAACCACACUUGUAGUAGAGAGCACAAGGUCAAAUUACUUAAUUCAAAAUGGCUGAGUAAGAGGUUGGAGAAAACUGUUAGAGAAAAUCCCAGAGUUAAGGGAGUGGACAUUGUUCACAAGAUAAAUAGAAAGUGGAAUGUAGGUUUAUCUCAAUCCAUGGCUUAUAGGGCUAAAGCCAUUGCUUUAGACCAUGUUGAUGGGUCUUUCAAAGAGCAAUAUAAAAGGAUCUACGAUUAUGCAAAUGAGAUCCUAACUCGUAAUCCUGGAUCCAUAGUUGAGGUUAAAGUUGAACCAAAUGAAACCCUGCAAGGACCUAUAUUCAGGAGGUUUUAUGUUUGUCUGAAAGCCUGCAAGGAUAGUUUUGUGUUUUGCAGGCCUAUUAUAGGGCUGGAUGGUGCAUUUUUGAAAGGUAAAUAUGGUGGGGAAAUGUUGACUGCUGUUGGAAGGGACGCAAACGACCAAAUGCUACCUAUUUCAUAUGCCAUUGUGGAAGUGGAGAACAAGGCCACUUGGAAAUGGUUUAGAGAACUUCUGGUUGAAGAUCUUGGUGGGGCGACAAUAUGUGCAUCAUGUACAUUCAUGUCAGAUCAACAAAAGGGCCUAUUGAAAGCUUUUCAAGAAGUGCUUCCAGGAGUUGAUCAGCAAUUUUGCAUUAGACACCUAUACGCCAAUUUCAGAAAACAAUUCCCAAGAAAACAACUCAAGAGGUUGAUGUGGAAGGCAGCUACAACAACCACUCCCCAAACAUGGGAAAAAGAAAUGACAAAUAUCAAAGAGAUGAACAUUGAAGCUUUUAAAUAUCUGAUUAAAAUACCUCCCAGACACUGGUCGAGAUCAAGCUGGUCAGCAGAGAAGUUAUUUGAAGUCCGUCAUGCCUCUCAAGUUGGGGAGAAGCUUGUGGUUGAUCUAGACAAACAUGAAUGUAGUUGCAGGAAAUGGGCUGUCUUAGGCAUUCCAUGUUGCCAUACGUUGGCUGCUAUGAAGUUUCUCAACUUAGAUGUAGAGGACUUCAUACUUGGUUGGUUUAGGAAGGCCACAUAUGAAAAGACAUACUCUUCAAUUGUCUAUCCGAUAAAUGGAAAAAACAUGUGGCAGGUUACACCAUACAAUGAUGUAUUCCCUCCAAAAAAGAGAGUUUUGCCAGGCAGACCAAAGAAGAAACGCAGGUUGGAAGAAUGGGAGUUGGUCAGGGAUGAAACAAGAAUGAGGAAUGAUGGUCAAUGUAAAAGAUGUGGAAUUUGUAGAGAAAUGGGUCACAAUAGGAAGUCUUGCAAGAAAUCAACCCAAUAA